AUGUCGGGGUCUGGCCAAUCUAAUAAUGAGUCAAGCAUGAGUCCAAAUACCAAGUGUAUGGUGGAUAUGAAAGGGGAGUUUACUAGGCUUGGUAAUUUAAUGAGUGAGCUGGCUGACCGUUUGGAGAGGUUAGAAUUGGAGAGGGAACAAAAUAGAAAUGAGGGAGGAAAUGAUCAAAGGGCACAAGGGAAUGAGGGAGAACGGAGGAGAUAUAAUUUGAGAGCCCAAGGGAAUGUGGGAGUUGAGUCUUCUACGGGCUAUGAUAGUGAGGAGAUUGAGGAUAGUGAGAUAGAAAUGGGAAGGAGAGAAAGAGGGAGAAGAAGGGCAGCAAGAAGGGAUGUAGAUGAUGAUUUGGGCAACAUUAAAAUGAGUAUGCCUAAUUUCCAAGGGAAGAGUGAUCCGGAUGCCUAUCUAGAGUGGGAGAGUAAGGUAGAGAGGGUGUUUGAUUGUCACAAUUAUUCGGAGAGGAAGAAGGUGAAAUUCGUAGCCUUGGAAUUCACUGAUUAUGCCACUUUAUGGUGGGAUAAGUUAGUGUUGACAAGGAGAAGAAGUGGAGACCGACCUAUUGAAUCAUGGAGAGAAAUGAAGAUAGCCAUGCGCAAGAAGUACAUUCCAACUUGGUACUACCGUGAGCUCUAUCAACAACUCCAAGAUUUGGUGCAAGGGAGGCUGUCCGUAGCUGAAUAUGACCAUGAAAAUGAGAAAUUGAUGACAAAGCUGGGUUUGGAGGAGGAUCCACAAAGCACCAUUGCCCGUUUCAUCAAGGGGCUAAAUUGGGACAUCUGUGAGGAGAUGGAAAUGCAUGAUUUUGUGGACUAUGAAGAGAUGGUUCAAAAGGCUGUCCAAAUUGAGAAAAAGCUCAUGAAGAGGAAAAAGAGGGCCCAAUCCAACACUUCAAAUUGGAAAGCUAGCAAGGGACAAAAGGAAUGGAAAAAUGACUCCAAAGGAGAAGCUAGCAAACCGAAAGAAGCUGUUGAUAAAAGUAAAGGUAAAGUUGAAUUUUCUUCAACUAAACCAAGUGGUGUUCGUUGUUUUAGGUGCCAAGGAAGAGGACACAUUGCCAAAGACUGUCUUAAUAAGAAAACAAUGAUAAUUAAUGAUUUUGGUGAUAUUCAAACUGAAUCUGACCAAGAUAAAGAGAUGAGCAAUGAGGAUUCACAAGGGGAAAGUGCUGAAAUUCAAGAAGCUGUAGAAGGGGAGUUCUUGAUGGUGAGGAGAAUGUUGAAUGCUCAAGCCAAAGAAGAUGAGGCACAAAGGGAGAACAUCUUCCACACACGGUGUCAUGUUCAUGGGAAGGUUUGCAAGGUGAUCAUUGAUGGUGGAAGUUGUGCUAAUGUUGCUAGCACUGAAUUGGCAAAUAAGCUUGGCUUGCAAACUAGAUCACACCCUACCCCAUAUUCUUUGCAAUGGUUAAACAAAACUAGGGAGAUUAAAGUGGACAAGCAAGUGAUGGUGCCCAUGUCUAUUGGAAAAUAUGAAGAUAGCAUUUUGUGUGAUGUGGUGCCUAUGCAAGCUGCUCAUGUGUUGUUGGGGCGUCCUUGGCAGUUUGACAAGAAGACAACUCACGAAGGACACACCAACAAAUAUUCUUUCUUUCAUAAUGGUAGAAAAAUUGUACUUGUACUUUUAUCCCCAAAACAGAUUUUUGAGGAUGAAAAGAAAGAGAGAGAAAAAGAAAAAAAGAAUGGAAAAGAAAGAAUGAGUGAAAUAGAAAAUUUGAGUGAAAAAGAAUUGAGUGGAAAACAAGGAGAGAUAAAAGAAAUGAGUGCACAAAAAAGAGAGGAGAAAAAGAAGAAACAAAAUUUCUUUUGUACUGGAAAAAUCGUGGAAAAAGUUUUGAGAGAGGGGAGACCUAUUUACUUGAUACUUUUUAAAGAGGCUAACCUUGAAAAUAUUAGCCUUGAACAUAUGCCCAAGGAAAUAUCUUCUCUUUUGCAAGAAUUUGGUGAUGUUUUUCCAAAGGAACUUCCUAAGGGAUUGCCCCCUUUGAGAGGAAUCGAGCACCAUAUUGAUUUGGUACCCGGGGCACCAAUUCCAAACCGUCCAGCCUAUAGAUGUAGUCCUGAGGAGACUAAGGAGAUUCAAAGGCAAGUGGAGGAACUUUUAGCUAAGGGGAAAAUUCGAGAAAGCCUUAGUCCAUGUGCAGUGCCCGUGAUACUAGUGCCAAAGAAGGAUGGAACAUGGAGGAUGUGUGUUGAUUGUCGAGAAAUCAACAAGAUUACGGUGAAAUAUAGAUUUCCCAUCCCCCGUUUAGAUGAUAUGCUUGAUCAACUUUGUGGUGCUUGCGUGUUUUCUAAAGUGGACUUAAAAUCUGGUUAUCACCAAAUUAGAAUCCGUGAGGGUGAUGAAUGGAAGACAGCAUUCAAGACCAAACAAGGUCUAUAUGAAUGGCUUGUCAUGCCAUUUGGACUCACAAAUGCUCCUAGCACUUUCAUGAGGCUCAUGAAUCAUGUGCUACGGGGGUAUAUUGGUGAGUUUGUGGUGGUUUACGUUGAUGAUAUUCUUAUUUACAGCCAUGAUUUGAAUGAACACGUCACACACUUGCACAAAAUAUUCACCAUUUUAAGGAAGCAUAAACUAUAUGCCAACCUUGAAAAGUGUGAAUUUUGUACAUCUUCAAUUCACUUUCUUGGCUAUAUUGUGAGUGCAAAUGGAAUUGAGGUUGAUGGAGCUAAAGUUAAGGCUAUCCUUGAAUGGCAUGUUGGAUUGUAG